UGUCUGCUAGUUACGGAAAAUGGCUGCUGAUGAUGGAUCGUGGAGGACUGCAACUUUUCGUCAAAGUGUGGUUGCUAAAAUAGAUGAAGCCAUUCGGACGUCUGGUAUGCCAACAACCAAAAAUAGCAUGGAAAUGGAAAACCAUGUCUUCCAGAAAGCCAAGACAAGGGAAGAAUACCUUGGAUUUGUGGCAAGACUGAUUUUGCAUGUUCGAGAAAUGAAUUCAAAGAAGGGCGCUGGUAUGGGAGUACCUGGUGGUGGUAGUGGAGGACAAGCUGCCCAAGAUCCAAUAGGUGCCCUUCAAAACCUAGCCCGUCAAGGAACAGGGAAUCAGAUAAUGGGAUUAGGAGGACCACAGGGAGGAGGUAUGGUCCAACCUUCAUCCAUUCCUGCCUCAAGCUUGUUGCAGACAUUAAAUCAAAGGCCACAGGGGUUGUCAGGAAUGCAGCCUAUGCAGAACAAAAUGCCACCAGAUAUUGGAAUGGGUCCGGGUCCACAGGUUGGACCAAUGGUGGGAAUGCCAGGCCAGAUGCAGUCAGGACCCCUACCAAAUGUUGCAUGCCCAAGUCAGAUGGCUGGUCAGAUUCCUACCCAGAUGCGGGUUCAGUUGCCUGGACAGAUGGGUGGACAGCUGCAAGGUCAAAUUCAAGGUCAGUCUCUGGGCCAGAUGCCUCAGAUGCCAGGACAAAUGCCAGGCCAGAUGAAUCAUAUGGCUCAAAUGCAGCAACAGAGAAAAGGAGGUGAGGGUAUCAUGAUGACUGGUCAGAAUUCUGGGUUUGCUGGUCCGCGUAAUGUUGCUUCCAAUGCAUUUUUACGACAGAGUCCAUCACCAUCUGCUCUACAGGCUUCUCCAGCAGGGCUGGGUGCUGCUCCAUCCAGCAACCAGAUGGCUGCAUCGCCUGCUUUGGCUCCUUCACCAAGUUCACAGCUCACCCCCAUGUCUACUGCCCAGCGAUCUGGUGGAAUGGCUCCAUCACCAAGCAGUUCACUUAAUACUCCUGGUCCUGCAGUACCUACUCCCAGCCCCUGCAGCCUACAGGAAGAUCAGGCCUAUAGGGAGAAGGUUCGGCAGCUCAGUAAAUAUAUUGAACCCCUGCGUCGCAUGAUCAAUAGGAUGGGCAAUGAUGAUGUGGAGAAGCUGAGCAAAAUGAAGAAGUUACUGGAGAUUCUGUCCAAUCCCAGUAAACGUAUGCCAUUGGAAACACUGCUGAAGUGUGAAGUUGUUUUAGAAAAACUUGAUCUGAAACGGGGCGAGGGGAGUGUGGCUCCACAGACAACUCAUUUAAUUCCAUUGAAAGAGCACCAUAUUUUCAACCCUUUGCUAGAAGCCGUGAGUAAUACUCUGCAGAGCCCUGUGGCAAACCACACACUGCAGCGCACCUUUGGACCAUGCCUUGAAGCAUUAUUUGGUCCAGAAAUCAAAAUGCUUCCCCCUCCACUAAAGAAGAAGAAAGUGGAAGAAACUCCAAAUGACAUACCUGAUGUCCUUCAGGGGGAAAUUGCUCGUCUAGACCAAAGAUUUAAGGUUAGCCUUGACCCAACUCAACAGCCUGGUUCUCGCUGUGUCCAGUUAUUGUGUUGGUUGGAUGAUCGUCACUUACCAUGUGUUCCACCUGUGUCUCUUUCUGUGCCUGAAGAUUACCCUCACAGCCCACCAAGAUGUCACAUGGCUGCUCAUGAACAUAGUUCCACACAGUUCUUAUGUGCUGUACAAAAAGCUUUGGCUUCUAGAAUACGAAAGCUUCCAAGUCGGUUUUCAGUAUCACAGUUGCUUGAUACAUGGGAGAUGAGUGUACGGCAAGCUUCAGCACCAACUCAGACUCCAGUGUCUGCUGCCACUGUACUUAUGGGACUGUAAUAUGUGAUGUGCUUACAAUUGAUUAUAUGUUUAAGUAUUUCAUAAUGCCAUUUUUAGUAUAAAAGUUGUGUUUGAUUUCUUAGUUGGCACUGAUACAGCUGUUAAAUUUUGUUGCAGGAGAUAAAUGGUAAAUCUUCAAGAAAAUGUACUUCUCAUGGAGAAUAUCCAAAGGCUCAUUUAUACUAAUUUUGCAAUCAAAAGUCAUACAUAACACCACCAAACCCAGAUAUAAUGUAUGUAUUCCAGACAUAUAACUUUAUUUCUCUUUGUAAACUGUACUAGAAUGGAUGGGAGAACACUGACAAACCUGACCAAAAGCUAUUAAAUUAACAUCUCACCCCAGUUUCAAACCUUUAGCUUUUUCUUAUUUACUAAGUCAGGAAAUGUGUUCAUGUUACAUGAAUGAGGCAAGUUUCAAACUACUGCCAUGAGUUGGGUCUAGAAGUCUGUUUUCUGUUUCAGGCUUUGAUGAUAAUUUUUUUAAAAAAUAUUUUAAAUGGAGAUAUAUGUAAACCAUGUGUUAUCUUACUGAUUUAUACAUUCAUAUUUACAUGUUCUUAAGACUAUAUUUCUCUCUGUUAAGGUGUUUUGGAUGUGAUAUUCCCUUUCAGGAUUAUUAAAGUUGAAAGAUAAAGUUCAUUGCUGGAGGGUGCACAGAAUAUAAAAGUAGUGUGCAGCUUAUUCUCUGUUACAAAAUACUAGAAUAAAAUUGUAUUUCAAUAAUUUAGUACAUAAAUAAAAUCCUAGAAAACAUUAA